AUGAGCGACACAGCUGCCUCCGUCCCAACCACCACCCCCGCCGCCAGCGACGACAAAUGGUCGUCCCAGAUGUACUCCAAGCACGCCUCCUUCGUCCCAGCUCUCGGCGCCCCCGUCGUCCAGUUGCUGGCUCCUCAACCCCAUGAGCGGAUCUUGGAUCUCGGUGCAGGCGAUGGUGUCUUGACUCUCGAUCUCGAGAAGCAGUGCCAGUCUGUGGUUGCGAUUGAUUCCAGUGCUGAUAUGAUUGAGGCUGCGCGCAAGAACGGAUGUCGCGAUGCCCAGGUUGUUGAUGGCUAUGAUCUUGUCGACCAUAAGGAGCUUGCCAACGAGCAGUUUGAUGCCGUCUUUUCUAGUGCAGCGCUCCACUGGAUGAAGAAGGAUCCAGUACGAGUCAUCCAAGGUGUCCAUAAAUGCCUCAAGCCCGGCGGCCGGUUCGUAGCUGAAUGCGGUGGCUACAUGAACGUCGCAGAAGUCCGAACGGGCCUCCACUGGGCCCUCCGCAAUCGCGGCUACAACCCUGACGAGUACGACCCCUGGUUCUUCCCCGGCGUUCAAACCUACCGCAAGAUGUUGGAGGAACAAGGCUUCCGUGUGGAAUCGAUCGAGUUGAUCCCGAGAUUGACAAAGUUGAACACGGAUGUUGCGGGGUGGAUUGAUACCUUUGGGUUCUCGUUCUUGAGACCUUUUGAGGGGGAUGCGGAAGAGAGAAGAAAGGUGAUUGAGGAGGUGCAGGCGAACUUGCCGUUCUCGGCAGAUGAUGGUGUUUGGCACAUUAUGUACCAGCGUCUCCGUUUCAAGGCUGUCAAAGCCUAA